AAUUCUUCUAAAAACAUGAAUCUAAUACAAAUCAUCUUACUCUUCACUCUCAUUGUUCCUUUCUGUAUUGCCGAGCAAAGUGUUGUCGAUUAUUGCGUUGCAAAUUUAACUUUACCUAAAACCCCGGGAGGAUACCCAUGUAUAGAUGAAAAUAAGCUUACUUCUAAUGACUUUGUUUUCACUGGAUUUCAUUCUCCAGGUAACACGUCAGAAUCUGUUUUUAAAUCUUCUGUGAUUCGAGCAAAUGACGACACUUUUCCUGCCUUAAACGGCUUAGGCCUUGCCAUGUCACGGAUAGACAUAGCAGUAGGCGGAGUUGUUCCAAUUCACACACACAGAGUGUCAGAAAUUAUUAUUGUCAUCGAAGGAACAAUCAUAGCCGGUUUUAUUGGAACAAAUCAUACUGCGUAUUAUAAAACCUUAUAUAAAUACGAUGUUAUGAUUUUCCCACACUCAUUACUUCAUUUCCAAGUUAACGUUGGUGAUACUCCUGCUCUCGCAUUUGUUAGCUUAAACAGCGCAAAUCCUGGAUUUCAAACUACAAGUUUAGCACUUGGUGCUAAUGAUCUUCCCACUGAAAUUGUUUCCAAAAUCACUUUGUUGGAUGAGGAGGAAGUCAGAAGGUUAAAGGCAAUCUUUAAUGGCACCAAUGAUCUAAUACUCUAAUAAUUUCUAUUAUUAGGUUCAAAUUUAAAUAAGGAAAAAUAUUAGAUAAAUAAAAUGUAUGUUUUUCUGUUGAAUGACGUCGAUUAUCGAAAUCUUAUGUUUAGAUCCGAAUAGUUUAAGUGUUGCGC